AUGAUGAGCAAAUGGUCAGCGAGGCCGGCUGAUCACGAGGCGGUAAGGCUACGCAACAACCAGCGCCGGCACCGCAAGAAGGUCAAGGAUCGAAUUGCGGAGCUCGAGUUCCGCCUAGCAGAGACGCAGCUACAGCUCAAUGAGGCUCUAGCCCGGGUCGAGGGGCUUUCUCAAGAACUAGAGCAGGCGAAGGCAGAGAGAAAUAGAGCAGAGGAGCCAUUGACACGCGAUCAUACUCAAGUCCUGGAGUCAGGCAAGAUCUUAAGUAGCGAACCUGGUCGCCUUAUAGUCCAGCAAGGCAAAGACGCAACGAAUCAACAAACCUCCCUUGUCCAAAAUCAACCCAUCUCCACGGGGGUCUCCGCUGGGAAUCCGUCUCCCAUCUUAUCAGCUCCAUGGACGAGCGAUACCACCGUGCCAACACUUGCGCUCAGCUACGAGACAUUCAUAGACUCUGACGACCAGGACUGCUCCAACUUGCCGCUUCCGGAGCCGGGAAAGUCGACCACUCGCUGCCGGGAUGCCUAUUUAACCAUCACUCAACAAAACUACAAGGGCUUAGAUAGCUCUUUUAUUAUUGAAUGGCUAGAACCUGGGUUUCGGGGAGCAAUUUCUAAAGGCGAUGGGUGUCGUGUAGAUACAGACUUAUUAUUCACGUUGCUGGACUUUAUUAGCUCCUCAUAG